AUGCGCCUCUUGACCCUGACCCCCUUCCUAGCAUCUAUCACCCUCGCAACGGCAAGCACCCUAAACAUCACCGUCCUAUCCGCCCACAACAACCGCUCAACCAUCGAAUGCUGGGCCCUAGAACCAGGCUUCACAACCUCCACAACAGCCGGAACAUCCGGAACCGAAGUCCUCAAUCUAGGUCCUGUCGGCGGUCUCAAUGCCGGUAAUGCUUCGUACUCGGUUCUCCCGGCUAAAUUCGAUGGAGGGAGACAUAAUGCGCCCGCACUACUAUGGGUCGUCUUCCUCUCAGGACUAGCCCAUAUUACUCUCCCCAACUCAACGGCAGAGGCAUACAUACCUGGCGGCAAAAAUGGGGCUAUUCUCGCUCUCGAUACGGCGGAUGUUAGCUCCCUGGGUCAUAUUACUAAGUAUCCUUCCCAGGAGAGUACUGUUGCGUUGCAAAUUCCCCUUGGCCAGGGUGGUAUUCCUGGUCAUGCUGUUUUGCAUGAUGGGGCUUGUAAGGGGGUGGAGUUGCAGGUUUGA